AUGAUUAAUGAUUUUCUACGUGUUGUUAGUAGGCAAUCGUAUCAAAUUUUAAAAAAUUCGAUUUGCUAUCGAUGGCAAUCAUCUUCAUCAUACGAUUCAAGAGAUAAUGAUUUAAUACCACCUACAACAUGUUGUAUGAGUAAUUGUGCUAAUUGUGUAUGGUUUACAUUUGCUGAAGAAAUUGCACAACGUUAUCCUAAUGCAACAAUGGAAGUGAUCGAUGAUGUUUUAAAAAAAUAUAUCGAUGAUAAAAGUUUUCGGGAAUUUUUAGAAUUCGAAAUUAAAAUGCGAUCAAUUGGAAAAAACUAG